AUGGCCUGUUCAAAUGGUCAUCUAGAGUACAACGGCUUCAUCGUACCUUCCCUCUUGAACAGUGUCGCAUAUGUUUACGAAUCCCUCACAGAUCUAUUGUCCAAAGACAAGGCGGUGAGCAUCAGCAGCACAAGGAUCAGCUGCAUGACCACAAAUAUGUACAUAUCUCUGUACACGUUCGGCGAGACUGCCAGUCCGUUGGUGCUGCUGCUGCUCUCGUUGGACCGGUGUCUGGCAAUGCUUUCGCCGAAAGCCUAUGCUCGUUUGACGCCGAGGGCGGCCGCCGUUUGUAUAUUCCUGGUGUACACAUGCUCACUGAUCGAAGUAACUGCCCUCUGGAUCAAGUCAAGAUGGAACGACCAUAUCUCUUUGGUCUCCAGCCGAUGCAGCCACAUCGAGACCAUCGGUCUGUCCAGCUACAGAGUUCACGUGAUAGGCAUCAUUGUGUCCGGCAUAGUGAGCAUAAUCUUUUCCGUGACGUCACUGGCCGUCAUGAGGUGGCGAAUCAAAUCCACUCGGAACGAGAUUUUGCGUUUUGUUCAGAUGCGCAGAGAGCCUACGAUAACGCGCCGAAUCGCGGUACUGGUAACAGCGGCGUUCUUGCUCCAAGUACUUCCAAUGACCGUGUUUCUGAUUCACCUUGACGGAUCCAUGCUGGCCGGAAUUGAAAACUUCAUUUGGCUUCCGUACAUUUCCAGUCUGAUCUUCAACACGAUGUGGUGCGCCUUCCGCCAGAAGGAACUAAAACUGGCUAUAAAGCGGAUGCUGAAAAUUCCAAUUGACCACUUGUGCUUUUGUCUGUCGAAGGUUGCUUGA